UUCACCGAGUGUUCGAUCAUCAUGAAGCUCCUGCCUCUUGUGUCGGCCGGCCUUUUGUUGGCACAGUCAAGUUCUGCUACUUCCCUCNAGAAGAGAGACACUGUCAGCGAUAUUCUGGAUGACAUCAAGAAUGCUGCCACUUGCACUGCUUGCCAGUCCUUGCUGGGUGUCCUGCAAGCUGUUGCCCAUAUUGGUAACGAUGCUUUCGUCGGAGUCAUUACUGCAGUCUGCCAAUCGCUUGGAGUAAAUGUCUGUGCUGGUGCGAUUGGACUCGAAGGACCCAUCUUGGCUCAUGACCUUCGUAAUCUGAAGAUCGGCUCGCACACUGCCCAGCUCUUCUGCGGCACCAUCUUUGGACUGUGCGACUACCCAGCCGUGACACCCUACACUGUUUCGUUCCCCUCGGCCAAGCCUGCCGGAGCUGCUCGUCCUCCACCUAGUGGAAAGACCCCUUUGAAGGUCGUCCACUACAGCGACAUCCAUGUAGAUCUCUCCUACACAGUCGGUACUAACUACAACUGCACCAAGAAUAUCUGUUGCCGCCCGUACACGGCUGCCGAUGCUCCUGGAAAGACGCAAUUCCCUGCCGGUGCUUACGGUAACACUCAGUGCGACAGCCCACGCAGUCUAGAGCAGAGCAUGUACAACGCCAUCAAGACUCUGGUGCCCGACGCCGCAUUCUCCCUCUUCACUGGCGAUGUUGUCGAGGGCGCCGUAUGGCUCGUCAAUCAGACCGAGGUCACCGGCGACCUCAACAAUGCAUACUCGCUCAUGUCUGGCCUUGGUAUGCCUGUGUACGGUGUCGUCGGUAACCACGAUGUUGCCCCUGUCAACAGCUUCCCUCCCGCUGCUGUUGACACCACCAUCUCAAGUCAAUGGGUUUACGACACUCUGUCGACUGCUUGGACCAAAUGGAUUGGCUCUGCAGGUGCCACCGAAGCUGACAAGUUCGGCGCCUAUUCGGUCAAGAACCCCAACACCAACCUGCGUAUCAUCUCCUUCAACAGCAACCUUUACUACAAGCAAAACUUCUGGCUAUACGAGGAGCCCAUGGAGACUGACCCUAGUGGCCAAUUGGCUUGGCUGAUCUCUGAGCUCGCUGCUGCUGAAAAGGCUGGCGAACGUGUCUGGCUGACUGGUCAUAUGCCCAUGGGAUCUGGCGAUGCUUUCCACGAUGCCUCAAAUUACUUCAACCAGAUUGUCGAGAGAUACAGCGCCACUAUCGUUGCCCAGUUCUAUGGCCACACCCACAGGGAUGAGUUCCAGAUCACCUACUCUGACUACAAGACUCAGACGGCUGCCAACGCUAUCGACGUGUCGUACAUCGCCCCUGCUCUGACUCCCACUUCUGGCAACCCUACUUUCCGUGUCUACUCUGUUGAUCCCGUCACUUUUGGUAUCUUUGACUACACCGUUUACUUUGCCAACUUGUCCUCCNCCACGUACCAGAGUGGCCCAGUCUGGCAGAAGUUGUACUCUGUCAAGGAACAAUACGGUGCCAAGCUCAGCCCUCCCGUCACUGCGGCAUCUGCUGAGCUUACACCUGCCUUCUGGCACAACGUGACCGCUCUUUUCGAAAACAACGAUGCCGUGUUCCAACAGUUCACUGCCCGCAAGUCUCGUGGUUAUGACACGUCGACCUGCACUGGCGACUGCAAGACAAGCACCAUCUGUCAACUCCGCGCAGCAGAAUCUCAAUACAACUGUGUCACAAUCAAGCCUGGUGUCAACUUCAAGAAGCGCGAUCUUGCCGCUGAUCUAGCUCACUCUGACGAGUGCGAUGGCUCUGCAGGUGCCAAGAUCUUGAGUGUCCUGACCGACAAUAUUCCGACCUUCGAGCAGGUCCUGCAGAAGCAACUCGGUGCCAGUUUCAUGAGCCAGAGUGUCAAUGGCACCACCUCUUAG